AUGGGCGUAGUACUGACCAGAGUCAAUAACAGCUGUAGAGUGACCUCCAGAGAACCUGUCAACACAUCCCAAACAGUGAGCAGCAUCCAUGACAGAGAGGUCAACAGUACAAACAGUAACCAUUCUUCCAUGAUACCAAUCCAGAACAAAGUAUAUGAGAAGGAAGAGGUGCUGAUACCUUCUCUUCCAGAAUCAGCCUGCAUAGAACGAGGAUAUAUCACCCCACAGCAGGUUUACAACCUGCUGAGUGCAGAAGAUGGCCAGCCUGCCUUGUAUGAUCCCUACUAUAUGCUCAUUCUGGACUGUCGCAGCCCAGAAAGGUACAAAGACAGCCAUGUGGUGACAGCGAGGGCUGCUGUGACGGUGAUCCACCCUGAGCUGGGCUGUCUAAUCAGCUGUAUAGAGCUACAGAAGUACUCUAUAAUUCUGCUGUAUGCAGAGGAAGGAUGCAGCCCAGUUGGAAGUGCAAAGGCCAAGACAGACUCCCCAGACCUUCAGCGUUGUUUCUUCCAGCUCAGUGGUUUGGGAAUGGAUCCUGUCAUCCUGCUGGGGGGAUUCUCAGCCUUCUAUACCCUCUAUCCUUUCCUCUGCACACCACGUAUGGUCCUGUUGGAACCUGAGCGCCACACCCUCACCAUCUACCCCUCAGAGAUCCUGGAAGGAGCUCUCUACCAGGGCUCUGCUGCCCAGGCCUCUGAUUACCGCAUCAUCAAAAAUCUCCACAUCACACAUGUGGUCAAUGCCACAGCAAACAGCCCAGAUGCUUUCCCCAACAUGCUGUGCUACCUGAGGCUACGUCUGACUGAUGAUGCACAGCAGGACCUGGUGAAGGCACUGCCACUGGCAUCCAGCUUCAUAAACAAAGCCCUUAGGGCUGAGCCUGCCGGUCGUGUUUUGGUCCACUGCAGUAUGGGUAGAAGUCGCAGCUCAGCUUUAACACUUGCCUUCCUCAUGGAGCAUCGAUGCUGGUCAUUGCUUCAUGCCCUGCGCUGGUUGAAAGAGAGGAGGGCAUGCACAGCACCCAACAUAAACUUCCUGCAACAGCUGCUUACGUAUGAGGAGCUGCUGUUUGGGAGCAGGCUCACCUCGUUGGAAGAAAUCCGCCGAUGA